AUGUCUUUCACCAGAAUCCCUGCCCAAUCAAUAACACCGAUGCUGAGAGCAUCCUUCUCAUCCUCUUCUUCCCUCGCCGCUCCCAAAGCCAAAGCCGCUAAAGCCAUCUCAUCAUGUCCAGCAGGCACUCCCCUCAGUAACCUCUCCAUUCUGAAAGAUAAGCCCGAUCCCGUUGCUCUUCCCGAUGAUCAGUACCCGGCAUGGUUAUGGACGCUGUUAGAUGAGCCCGCGGCGCCAUCUCUCGCGAAACAGACGUCCAAGACUGAGAGCGGAUCAGAAGUCGAUUUGAAGGCACAGAAAAAGACUUUGAAGGCUUUAAAUAGAGAAAACAUCAAAGCCAGCAACUACCUGAAGUCUACGACAUAG